GAAGAAUAUCCGUCAUCCUAAUUUUGGUCCGGCGGAGACGAAGAUGUACAGUAACAAUCCGAACUCCAAAGCCGUUGAUUUUUUUUUUAAAUAAUCACGACAGAGCCUGGAGCAGCGUUUGAGUGACGGAACUCUCAGCUCAGGUGUUGAGUUAACUUGGAGGAAAGAGAAAAAGGAACAACGCACGAAAGAGCUCGUCGCUUCCGACUGAAAUCAAUUCUCCUCUCAACGAUCAAACAAUAGCACUAGCAGCAGCCACAAGCUCUUUUGCAUUAAAUCUUGCAAUGAUUCCUUCAUCACUCCGUUUCUUCCUCGUUUUCUUAUUCAUCUCCGUACUCCUGCUAGACCCAUCUCUUUGUUCUCCGGUUUCUAUAUGUCUAAGCCCCAGCAUCCUAUCCAAAUCCGGCGACUCAGUCCGAGUCCAUUGGGCCGGUGUCGACUCCCCUUCCUCCCUCGACUGGCUCGGUAUCUAUUCGCCUCCCGAUUCCCCUGACGACAAUUUCAUCGGCUAUGUCUUCUUGUCCUCUUGCAACAAUUGGCAAUCCGGUUCGUGCUCCGUCCACCUCCCUCUGGUCAAUCUUCGUUCCAAUUACCAGUUCCGUAUCUUCCGAUGGACCGAGGACGAGGUCGACCGUUCCCGCCUCGAUCACGAUCACAACCCCUUACCCGGAACCAAACACCUCCUGGCGAAAUCGGAGGAGUUGGGGUUCGAGAGCGGUCGUGGCCCGGAACAGAUUCAUUUGGCCUUCACGACCAAGGUUGAUGAGAUGAGAGUUAUGUUUGUUACUGCGGAUGGGAAGGAGAGUUUUGUGAAGUAUGGGAAGAGAGAACAUCGGUUGGAUUACGUUGCUGGGACUGAGGUGAGGACGUAUGAGCGCUUGGAUAUGUGUGAUUCCCCUGCUAAUGAGAGUAUUGGGUGGAGGGAUCCUGGGUUUAUUCAUGAUGGGGUUAUGACCAACUUGAAGAGUGGAAUGAGAUACUAUUACAAGGUUGGAAGUGAUGAAAGAGGAUGGAGCAAAACUCAUAGUUUUAUCUCACGAGACUGGGACUCAGAUGAAACAGUUGCUUUUCUGUUUGGAGAUUUGGGGACCUCAACCCCAUAUGCAACUUUUCUUCGUACACAAGCAGAAAGCAUGUCAACCAUGAAGUGGGUUCUACGUGACAUUGAAGCCCUUGGUGAUAAACCCACCUUCAUUUCGCACAUUGGUGAUAUCAGCUAUGCAAGAGGCUAUUCAUGGUUGUGGGACACAUUUUUUACUCAGAUCGAACCUGUUGCUUCUAAGGUCCCAUACCAUGUUUGUAUUGGCAAUCAUGAGUAUAACUGGCCCUUACAGCCCUGGAGACCUGACUGGGCUCAGUCUGUCUACAGAACAGAUGGAGGUGGUGAAUGUGGAGUCCCAUACAGCCUUAGAUUCAAUAUGCCUGGAAACUCUUCUUUCAUAACUGGGACUCGAGCCCCAGCCACACGAAACCUUUACUACUCAUUUGAUGUUGGGGUUGUGCAUUUUGUGUAUAUAUCAACCGAGACCAAUUUCCUUCCACGGAGUGACCAAUACAAUUUCAUAAAACAUGACUUGCAGGCUGUUGACCGCAGGAAGACUCCUUUUGUUGUUGUACAAGGUCACCGUCCCAUGUACACAACAAGUAAUGGAGCCAGGGAUGCACCCUUAAGAAAGAGAAUGCUUGAGCAUUUGGAGCCUCUAUUUGUGGAGUAUAAGGUAACCAUUGCUCUAUGGGGCCAUGUCCAUAGGUAUGAGAGGUUCUGUCCAAUGAAAAACUUCACCUGUGCAAGGGCAAGCCUUGAUGGGAAGGAUACAGAGGAUUUACCGGUGCAUGCAGUAAUUGGAAUGGCUGGACAAGACUGGCAACCAACCUGGGAUCCAAGGCCUGACCAUGUAAAGGAUCCAAUCUACCCCCAACCCCAUCAAUCUUUGUACAGGACAGGUGAGUUUGGGUAUACUAGGCUUGUUGCUACAAGGGAAAAGCUAAAACUGAUUUAUGUUGGGAACCAUGAUGGAGAGGUGCAUGACAUGGUUGAGAUCCUGGCUUCAGGCCAGGUUCUCAAUGGUGGUGGUAGCAGUGGCAAAGAGGUUAUGAAAUCUACACUGUCGUGGCUGGUGAAGGGAGGGAGUAUCCUGGUGCUUGGGGCAUUCUUGGGUUAUGUUACUGGAUAUAUAUCACAUGCAAGGAGAGAGUCCAUAUCUAGGAGGGGCUGGACUGCUGUCAAGACUGAAGAGGCAUGAAAUGUGUGGGUUCUGAUCAUUUAAGCAAAUUGGUUGUGUGAUCUCUGCAAUCAUAGACUUUUGUUGACAUUUCAAAUUCCAAAUUUACAGAUGAAGCAGGUUAAGCUCUCAUAUCAUCCUGCCACGCUGGGAGAAAACUGGCAGCCUUCAAACGUUUUGUUAUACCAUAUAAACCUCUGGAAAUCUGUGUAAAGUAUGACCUUUGUGAUUAGUUGUUUUGUAUAUUUAUCAGGCAAAAGUUCUGUUCAAUGUUUUUAUCAAACAUUGAUGUCCUGAAAUUCCAUUAAUUUUUGCUUUAAGAAAACUGAAUGGAUGAAAGUUUCACUUUCAUUAA